AGUUUUUUGACAGCGGCAAAUUUCGCUUCAUUUUUGCUAAUAGCUCUUUUCCGUUCAAUCACUUUAAUUGACUAAACUGAAAAGAAAUGGCUGGCAAAGCACUCAAUAUUGGUGAUCAGUUUCCCAAUUUCGAGGCUCAGACCAAUUUGGGCAAGAUCGAUUUCUAUGACUGGAUGUCGGAUAGUUGGGCCAUACUCUUUUCUCACCCGGCUGAUUUUACACCUGUUUGCACCACGGAACUUGCACGGGUGGCACAAUUAAUUCCCGAGUUUGUUAAUCGUGGCAUUAAACCAAUUGCUUUGUCCUGCGACACGGCAGAUUCGCACAACGCUUGGAUUGAGGACAUUAAAAGCUAUGGCAAACUGGCGAGCUUUGAUUAUCCCAUCAUUGCCGAUGACAAGCGUGAGUUGGCCCUGAAGCUAAAUAUGCUGGACAAGGAUGAGCUAAAUGCGGCAGGCAUACCGCUCACCUGUCGCGCCGUCUUCGUCAUCGAUGAGAAGAAAAAGCUGCGCUUAUCCAUAUUAUACCCAGCCACCACGGGACGCAAUUUUGAUGAAAUUCUGCGCGUCAUCGACUCGGUGCAGCUGACACAAACUAAGAGCGUGGCGACGCCAGCAGAUUGGCAACAGGGCGGCAAGUGCAUGGUGCUGCCCACUGUGCAAGCGACCGAUGUGCCAAAGCUUUUCCCCAACGGCAUCGAGACGAUCCAGGUGCCAUCCGGCAAAGGCUAUUUGCGCAUCACUCCACAGCCGACUGAAGACUAAAAAGAGCAUUCCUUGGCAGCGAGCAUUGUGAUUUGAAUCAUAUUAUAUGACUUUAUUACAAAAAUUAUAAUUAACAAACAAAUCAAA